AUGAGCACCAACCUCCAAGAUUGGGUAGAGCUGCUCAACGCCGAACAGCAUGUGCAGGUAGACAAGUUGAAGGAACAUGCUCGUCACGGAGUAGCUGCCAGAGUGAGAGGUGAAGUAUGGCUAUAUCUUCUCGAAGUAUUAUCAGAAGACAAAACAGCCGAGAUCACCUCCCUCUUAUCACUCAAUACGACCUAUCAGGCCUUACCUCGCGAGAUACCUUCGGGACUUACUGCGAGUCUCAUGAGGAUAGCUUUGGGUCAUCAUACCAAACGAUUCAGGAAUGAGACGUACGCGGGGCUGAUCAGUUCUCUAACUGCUGAAAAGGGACGGAACGGUAACUCGUCGAAUAAAGGGAAAGACAAACAGAAUCAAAAUCAUAAUCAAAAUCCAGCUAGAAGCUAUUCAAUCGGAGGUGAUAUCAGGAAUAACAAUAACAAGAAUGGAGUAUCGCCUUUGCUAACGUCGAUAGAGAAGAACCCACCACCUCCAAUAAAUUUGAAUUCGAAUUUGAACAAUGGUACGAAGGAUGAUGAUGGUCAAGAAGGUAUGAAUGGAGAAGAUGGCGAAGAAGAUGAUAAUCUGAAUACUUUGCGAUCCCAAUUAUCAAGGAUACUUCCACCACCACCUAAUUCACCCCCGUCAAGACAUACUUAUAUAUCGAUCAUAGAAGAGGUAUUAGGCAAAUACUACAAUUCAGAGAAUCUCCUAGGAAAGAACAACGACGAAAAUGCCAAAAAAAGUUAUUAUGGGGAUGAAUGUGAAGAUAAGAAUAAUUGGAUAUACCUCGUUACUCCCUUUGUAUGCGUUCUGAGUAGACCUGUGGGUGUGUUUUUGGGUUUUCAGAAAUUGAUGAAAAGGAUGAAAACGUUCCCAUCGAUACCCUCACGUCUGGCAUCAUUCCUCACCCUCUUUCGCAUAUCCCUACCUGAAUUGCAUUCAUAUUGCGAAGACGAACAAGUUCCUUAUAUACAAGUGGCAAUGAGUUGGAUGACGACGUUGUUGGCUAAAGAGAUGUGGCUGAGUGAUGUAUUGCGAUUAUGGGACGCAUAUCUAGCUUCCGACGAUAUGUUCGCUUUGCAUUGUUAUGUCUGCGUAGCAAUCUUGUCAACGUGUAAAGAAACGCUCGAAGAGUUAGAUGGAUCAGAAGCUAAAUUGUUUCUUUUGGAUUUACCUCCAUUGGAUGUUGAUAGGUUACUUCAAGAUGCGGGUAAUCUAAGAGUUUCUUUCCCUCUACCUCGACCGGUGGACGAUGAAGUGUAA